UAUUGUCGGUAAUAAUCUUUUCAUUGACUUCCCAUUCUUCUUAACAUGACUGGUGAAAUAUGGGAUGUAGGUUUGGAUGUUAUACGUACCAAUCGUGCUCGUCUUUUAUGAGAGUGAAGCCAAUCAGACAAAACUUUGGAACAUUCUUGCUAUUUAUGCUUGGGUUGAUAAUUCUAUUGGAUAUGUUCAAGGAAUGAAUGAUAUUUGCUCUCCAAUGGUUAUUCUUAUGGAAAACGAAGCAGACACCUUUUGGUGUUUUGAGCGGGCAAUGCACAGAUUGAGAAAAUUUCAGGUCCAAUGCACAUUCUAUUGGGGUGCAAUCUCAGUUGAGUACACUUACAGGAAUAAUGAAAGCUGUUGAUCCAAAGGUUCAUCAA